GCUCAAUCAGUUAUUGCCACGUGUCGAAGUGCUCUCUCCUCAUCGUAGGCUAUCACAUUAGAGUUUUCCAGAAUAGAAAUAUAAGUUGAGAGCUAUAUAUUAAUUAAUCUCUGUUCUGUAUUCAGAAGUGAGCUUCAGAUUUAAAUUUUCUGUUUGAUUGCGCCCACGACAGAUAUCCUCUCUGAAUUUCUCAGUAUUGAAAGCAUUGAACAACUCUAUCAGGUAUAUGGUAAGCAAUAAUGACAACUGAAAAAAGCCAAAAUGAGAAGUUGCCAUCUUCUGGAGCUCCAGAUCCUGCCAUGACUCCAUGUAGGAAGAAGAAGAAUGAAGAAGCAACUUUCUUGGAAGAUCUGAAGGAUCACAUUGACGAAUUCAUUCAUGCUUCCAUGGAUGAACACAAGACUUGCUUCCAAAAGACUGUCAAGAAGAUGUUUGGGAUGUCAAAGGUUGUUGCAGAAAGGAGUCUGGAGACGAACAAAGUCGAAAGUGUUCUGCCUCUUCAAACAACCUUGGCUGAGUAACACGUCUGGAAUCUCAUUCAUUUGGGCCUUGUAUAAACAAUCAAAUGAGUAUUUAGAUUUUUUGUAUGUGAAUUUGUAACAUUUCAUCUGUCUUGCUUACUGGUAUUUGAUUUUGACCUUCUAUUUUGAAGUUCCAUUACAUGUCAGUUCCGGAAUACUAAUUUCCACAAAAUGGAGUUCAGCCC